CUAUAGGAACUGCAGUUUAUUUGCCUUCUCAUGCAGACACUACAGUCAGACUCAGCACAUCCACUCUGGUCCUCACAACUCACAUGAGAUAAAUCUCAAAGGAAAUGGCUUCUGAAAUCGAUGUUGGGAUUGUAGGGCCUUGUGUGAUUCUGGGCCUGUCCUUCCUAGUUGGAGCUCCUGGAAACCUGCUUGUCAUCUGGACUAUUGUAAGACAUGUCAAACAGCGCUCCCAUACCAUCAUCCUCAUCCUCCACUUGGCUGUUGCUGAUCUUCUGGUACUCAUCACACUGCCUCUUUGGAUCUACUCAUUGGCUCACUCCUGGGUCUUUGGAGAGCCUACGUGCAAAGUUAUGGUUUUUCUUAUCUAUACAUGUAUGUACAGCAGUGUUUUCUUCAUCACACUGAUGAGUGUGGAACGCUUUGUGGCAGUUCGUUAUCCUCUUAUGUCAGCUCACUGGAAGAAAAAGAAAGCUCUAAAUCAAUUGUUGGUCUGUCUGUGGAUUGCAGCAUUCACUUUUAGCAUCCCAGUUAUAUUAACUCAAAUUGUAGAUGGAGAAAAAGGUUAUGAACACUGUCUUUACCGUCAGUAUCAAUCUGAAACGCAGGAAUUGGUGUUUGUGCUGCUUGAAACACUUGUGGGUUACAUGCUUCCUUUCUCCAUUCUGGUCAUAUGUUAUGGAUGUCUUUGCAGCAAAAUCACCAAGAUGACAUUUAAAUCAAAGCGAAAAUCAACCAUUCUGAUUACCAGUGUUGUUAUUGUGUUUGGCAUUUGUUGGACUCCUCAUCACAUUGGAAAUAUUGUCUCCCUCAUUGUUAUUGCAAUUGAGAAAUACUACCCAGAACAGGCUGCAAGUCUAGAGAGUGUCAGCAGCACUAUGGCUUUUAUCGCAGGGGCCAUGGUCUUCAUUAGCAGUACUGUGAACCCCAUCCUGUACAUGUUUGCUGCCCGCUCCUUCAGAACUUCAAUACGGGACACUGGGAUACAGAAACUUCUCCGGCACAUCUCCAGCACAUCUCCAGGGGAAGGCAACAGAGAGGUGUCAUUUGUGUCAAAGAGGCAGACCAGCAGCUCUGUCUGUCAAGAAUCCAAAGAUCAAAUGGACAUUGUUUUAUGAUAAUUGUUCCAGAGACUAUUCAUUUUAAGUACAUUAAACAUUUUGCAAUUUGUUUGUAUGAACUGAGGACACAUUUCACUUGCAAUAAUCCUUAAAAUGUUAAAUGUUUUUUUAUUCAAAAUAAAUCAUGUUGUUUACUAACUUA